AUAAAUGAGUAGCAAAUUAGAAAAGGUUUAACAGGGGGAAAGGGCCGGGGAGCAAGAUCUUUACUGUACUGAUCAACUCAUGGAAUGGCCUUUAAACUUUGCUGUUUGCCUUUUUAUCAUCUUCUUGUCACCAGCUAUACUCCUCCUGCUCCACCGUAGAAAAUCAAUCCUCAAGCGGCUUCCCCCUGGGCCACCGGGAUGGCCAAUAUUCGGCAACAUGUUCGACCUUGGAGCAAUGCCACACCGCACCCUCGCGGGUCUAAGACACAAGUAUGGAGACGUUAUAUGGCUAAGAAUGGGUGCCACAAAAACCAUGGCAAUCCUCUCUGCCAAAGCGGCCACUGAGUUCUUCAAGCACCACGACCUCUCUUUCGCCGAGCGAACCGUGACCGAGACCAUGCGGGCCCACAAUUAUAACCAGGGAUCCUUAGCGCUGGCUCCUUAUGGUCCCUAUUGGCGGGUGCUCAGGCGCCUCGUCACGGUGGAUAUGGUAGUCAACAAGCGCAUCAACGAAACGGCGCCUAUGCGUAGAAAAUGCGUGGACGACUUGUUGCUGUGGAUCGAGGAAGAGACACGUAAACUUGAAGCUCCACGUGGGCUUCACGUUGCAAGGUUUGUGUUUCUCAUGACGUUCAACUUGCUCGGAAACCUCAUGCUUUCACGCGACUUGUGCGACCCCCAGUCGAAGGAGGGGUCAGAGUUUUUCGCGGCGGUGAUGAAACUGAUGGAGUGGUCGGGGCACCCAAACAUGGCGGACUAUUUUCCAUGGCUGAGGCGGCUGGACCCGCAGGGGUUGAGGAGGAACAUGGAGAGAGAUCUUGGGAAAGCUAUGGAGAUUGCAUCCAGAUUUGUGAAGGAGCGGGUGAAGGAUAGGCAGGUUGGGGGAGAGAAUAUCAGGAAGGACUUCUUGGAUGUGUUGCUUGAGUUUGAAGGCAACGGAAAAGAUGAGCCUGCGAAAAUUUCUGACCGGGACCUAAAUAUCUUCAUCUUGGAAAUAUUUUUGGCUGGUUCAGAAACAACAAGCGGCACUAUUGAAUGGGCACUGACUGAGCUCCUAUGCAACCCCGAGUCGAUGAUAAAGGUCAAAGCUGAGCUCGCACGUGUAGUCGGACCAAACCGAGAUGUUGAAGAGAGUGACAUUGACAGUCUCUCAUAUUUACAGGCUAUAGUUAAGGAAACACUACGAUUGCAUCCUCCAAUUCCAUUCCUGGUUCCACGAAGGGCAAUGCGAGAUACCAAUUUUAUGGGGUUUUACAUUCCCUAUAACACCAAAGUUCUUGUGAAUGCCUGGGCAAUUGGAAGAGAUCCAGAUGCGUGGGAUGAUCCUUCGUCUUUCAAGCCCGAGAGGUUUUCGGGCACAGACUGUGAUUACAAGGGGCAACAUUAUGAGCUAAUCCCAUUUGGAGCUGGAAGGAGAAUGUGUGCUGGCGUCCCUUUGGCUCAUAGAGUGCUUAAUCUCGUUUUGGGCUCAUUGCUUCACAAAUUUGAUUGGGAAUUUGAUGGCAACGUGACUCGAGAGACGAUGGACACCAGGGACAAGCUGGGCAUUGUCAUGCGGAAGUAUGAAUCAUUACUGGCAGUGCCUAAAAAAUGUGUCGCCUAGACUGGGAAGAUCACUGAUAGCCAUGUUCUUGAGAACUCAACUUUCUUGAAACAUGAUAUGUAGUCAUUUGAUGGAAGUUUAG